GCCCCUCUCGACUCGCCUCCACAAUAUCUAGAGUGAGAAAGGGGAGCGUUUUGGAGAGAGAAAUAGAGAGAAAAAGAGAGAGAGAGAUUAGGUUUUCUUCGUGCUCAUUACCAUUGCAGAAAACACCUCAUAUUUUAGGGUUUUUUUUUUUAUCGUGUAUCCAUAAACUGCGAUUUCUAAAUAUUCACUUGAUUUUGUUUUGGGUUAUGUUUUGACUGAUCAAAGUUUUGGCUUCAAUUGAUGGAUGAGAUUUGGGAAAGAGCGGUGGAGACAGCUCUGGACGGCCAAACGGACUUCGCUUCGGUUCGAACAUUAACUCUAGACGGAGCUGUGAAGUGCGUUCAUGGUCGCUUGCCUCCGCCGGCCCUGUUCGAGAGGUUUCAGAACCUUCAGCACCUAUCCAUAGCAAACAUCGGUGUUUCGUCCCUGGAACAGUUUCCCCGGCUUCAUAACCUGCAAAAGUUAAUUUUAUCAGAUAAUAGAAUCGCUGCGGGGCUAGAAUUCCUCGUAGAGGCUGGUUUAAACUCUCUUCGGGACCUCGAUUUGUCGAACAACAGGAUUCAGGAUAUAGAUGAUCUUCGGCCGCUAGCAGAGCUCAAACUGGUCUCGCUUGAUCUGUAUGAGUGUCCGGUGACAAGGGUUAAGGAUUAUCGAUCUAGGGUUUUUGGAUUGAUUAAGUCGUUAAAGUACCUGGAUAAGAUGGAUGCGGAGGAAAAUGAGAGGCCGGAGUCAGAUGAUGAGGAGGAGGAGGACGAGGAUGAAGAGGAGGAGGAUGAUGAUCCAGGGAGUGGGGAAGUUGACGGUGAAGAUAGGCCUUACAGGGUGAGCAACGGGCACAAAGCUGGGAGUGAUGGGGUGCUUGAUGUGGAUGAGGAUGAGAGUGAUGCUGAUGAGGAAGAGGCAGAAACUUCCAGAGGGGGAGCUAGUGGAGUGAAGCAAGCUAAUUCACAUAAGCAGUCCAAUGGUUUUAGAAUAGCAGCAGCUGGUGAUGAUGACGAGGAGGAUGAUAACGAUGAAGAUAAUGAUUCAGCUGAGGAAAUAGAUGAAGAUGAUGGGGAUGAUGAUGAAGACGAUGUGGUAGAGGUUCAUGAGAUUGAUGACACUGAUGAGGACGAGGAUGGGGUGGAAGAUGAUGAUGAAGAUGAUGACGAUGAUGAGGAUGAGGAGGAAGUGGAUAAUGAUGACGGUGAGCCAGAAAGUACUGGGAGGCUGGCUAGCACAGAAGGGGAAAUUGAUGGACAUGAGCAAGGGGAAGAUGAAGAUGACGAGGAUGAUAAUGGAGAGACUGGUGAGGAAGAGCAGGGAGUGGAGGAUGAUCAUGAUGGUGAAUUUGAUGACGAUGAGGAUGCUGAGGAUGAGGAAGAAGAUAAUGAUGCUGGAUAUCUGGUUCAACCUGUUGGACAGGUGGAGGUAGAUGCUGGAGGCAGUGAUAUGGAGGCUGCAAAUGGAGACGAGGAUCAUGAGUUGGAUGGAGGAGUGGAGGAUGAUGAUGAUGAUGAUGAUGGUGAAGUUCAGGAAGUGCCACCAUCCGUAUCUAAGAAGAGGAAGAGAGAUGGAGAUGAAGAUGAUGGCAGUGAUGAUGAGGAAGAUGACAAUGCUGUAGACUAUGGGAAGUCAUCAAAGCGGCGUUAGUUAAAAAGAAUGGUAGUGCCAGAUGGCAGUGGUGCCGUGCUUGCAAGAAAGAUUCUUCUACUAGUAGGAGGUGUGAAAAGACAAUUUGCAGUAACUUGUCAAACAAACCAGAAAAGAAAGGAAGACCAGAUAUUCGCGAGAGUCAUUACCCAAGGUGCAUUAAUCUUGGGCCUUGUGUCUGGACCGGUGGGCUUUGGUGAACCACUUGUAUAUAAAAAUUAAUGGGCUUUUGACCCAGGUACAUAUUGGGCCGCCACGUGUGUGGAAGCGACAGCUUGACUUGUGGACAGCGGACAACUCAACUCACUCAUUCAUGAGUCAUCAUGCCCUUUCAUUUUAUAUUCGCCAUCGCCGAAGCUGGGCCGUCUUCUUCAAUCCUCAAUUGCUAGUACUACAGUAGAAGAGAGUAAGAAAGAUGUUGCAGCUCCUCUCUCCAUCAUCCUCAAAAUGGCUUCUUCCACCGCCCAACUUCUACCCUACCACAACCGCCACGUUUAAGGUAAGAGCAAUGGCAAACCAGCGCAGCGAAAGCGACGGAGGAGGAAUAGCAGAGAAACUGGCCAUUGUCGGUGGAUUGGUCUCCACGCCGGUGAUCGGAUGGUCACUCUACACCCUCAAAACCACCGGUUGCGGCCUCCCACCGGGACCAGGCGGCUCCAUUGGCGCACUUGAAGGCGUGAGUUACUUGGUGGUGGCGGCGAUUGUGGGCUGGUCAUUAUACACCAAGAACAAAACCGGUUCGGGUUUGCCCAGUGGACCAUUCGGCUUGUUGGGAGCUGUUGAAGGCUUGUCGUAUUUGUGUUUGCUGGCCAUUAUCGCUGUGUUCGGGUUACAGUUCCUUGACAAAGGUUCCAUUCCUGGGCCUCUUCCCAGCGAUCAGUGCUUCGGCUAAUUAAGUUUAAGUUCAAGCUUUAGCUGCAGCUUCAUCUUUGUUUCCAAUUUUUGUUUUUAAUGAAUAAUGAAAUUAUGUGUUAUAGAUAGGUUGAUGCUUUUUAUCCAAUAUCUGUGGCCUGCCUUCAUUCAUCAUCUUCAACUAA